AUGAAGUUCCAGAUGCCACGGCCGUCAGGUGGCCUCGGGCGGACGAAAAACAUCAUACACUUCGUACAAGCCUUCAUCAUCUUCAUCGCAUGGGCUUUGACCAUCGCGAUCUGGACGAAAAAGGGCGGCAUUGAUGGCCGAACAGGAUGGUACUGGGGACUGUGCUGGUUGAGUAUCCCCGGCCUAGUUUACCUGGUCGCAGUUCCGAUGUGGCCACGAGCCCGUCGCUUCGGUAAUGUCUACGCCUUCGCCAGUGUCGACGCUCUCUACACGAUCCUCUGGGCCAGCGCCUGGAUCUGCCUCGCAUCCUACGUCGCCCAGGGUAAAUCACUAGGCGCCGAGACCAAGUCCGACUCAGACUCAGACUCCAAGUCCAGCACCAAGCGAGCAACAGACAGCGACAGCGACAGCACCAAGACUGGUUGUGAUAACUGGCGCUAUGGAGGCGCAACCAAGUGCAAGCUGAGCGAGGCGACCACCAUCAUCGGUGUCUUCAUCUUCAUUCUCUUCGCGGUCACGACAUUCAUGUCCUUCCGCAACGUCGCGCACUUCCGUCGCACGGGAACCCUCCCAGACGCCGUCUCAGACCCCACGUUCGCUGCGCAAAGCAAAGCCGCCUUCUCAUCUAACCCAGCACACGACUUCGAAGACGACGAGGAUGACUUCCGCUCCGGCCGCGCUGGCAUGGGCGCAUCCUCGCGCGGUGACCAGGAUGAGGACUACGCUCUCCUCCAACAGAGUGAAGUCGAUGACAUGAGCAAUGCGCACGGCCGGUCCGCUCUGCAAGGCUCCUACGACCCCACUGCCCCUGCGCCUGGCGGCGUUCUCCACGACUACAACAACACUGGAUACGGUGGUGCGCACGGUCAACACUACAACUCCGGCCCGUCCGAUCAGUUUGCGAAUGUGGAAUACACUCCUUCCGAGUACACUGCGCCUUCUGGGUUCGGCGGCUCGUCUGUUGCAGGUGGAUAUGGAAGGCGGCCUAGCUAA